AUGUCUCGUCUUCUGAUCGAGGGCACGAGCGUGGCCGAAUUUGUCACAUCAAUGACGCGACAGAGGCACAGCUACAACCUGAUUCGCUACGAGGAGACGAUUCGGUAUGCCGAGUUCCCGGUGCUCGACCUGAGCACGCAGCUGCAGGCCCCUGCCGCACAGAACAGGCAGCGGUCGCAUCUGCAGCGCGCACACAGGGAGAUCCUGGACAUGCUCGAGUGGCUCGCCGAGCACGGUGUGCGCCGUGUCAUCACGCUUCGUGUGCCAGAUCGCAUGGCGCACCCGCAUGACGAGGUCGAAAUUGCCGAGGUGGUCAGGCGCUUUCGAGUCGAAGAGCUGGACUGGCGCAUCCUCGACCUCUCACUCAACGUCUUUCGGCCGCAUGGCGACCCUGAGAGCAUUCCGUUUGUUUGCAGCAUUGACAACAACGAGACCAAGGACAUCAAAACCGACAAGCCCAAGGAUAACCAACCCGACAAGCAAAAGGAUAACCAACCCGACAAGCAAAAGGAUAACAAACCCGAUAAGCCCAAGGAUAACACACCCGACAAGACUGACGAUAAAAUCGGCAAAAUUAGCAACAUUAUCAACACCAGGGAUGACAAGGAUGAGGAGACGAGCAAGACAUUGGAGGAAAGGGGCGUGCAAGAUCCAGCCAGCGAAAGUGGCAAUAAUCGACAACGGCAUCCUCAGUAUGGACCCGCCAAGUGCACCAGCGGCAAGAACAAUAACAGCAGCAAACAGCAUCUGAAUAGCCAAGAAUUUCUGAUGGCUGAUAACCUGUGGGCGCGCAUUUGCGACGGCAAGUCGUUCGUGCACGAGCAGGACCGCGUGAGCCCGUGGUACCUCGCGUCGAACCCGCACGGCACGCAAAAUGGCGAACCUGCGAAGGUUGCCGACAGCCACUACGGCUACUCAGCGGCCCGCGCCCCGGAGGCGGUGAACUGGGCCAUCGAAAAGGAUGUGGACAUUAUCUCCAUGAGCUUCACAACGACCGAGGACCACCGGGCGUUCAACGAGGCUGUGCAGAGGGCCAUGAAGGCCAGCAUCAUUGUCGUCUGCAGCCACCACGACGAGGGCGCGCGCAUGGGCACGAAGGUAUUUCCCGCAUGCCUCAGCAGCGCCAGCAGCGACAACACGAUUCAUGACUGGGACGAUAACACCAUCGACGCGGCCAGCAAGAAGGACAACCAAUACGACUUCUGCAUCAAUAGCCAGGACGUCGCCGUCAGCGCCAUUCCCUUCCUCGCCUCGUCGACUGAGCGCAUCAGCGGUAGCUCCGUCGCCACCGCUAUUGCCGCCGGCGUCUGCAGCCUGCUCAUCGCCUGCCUGAGAACCCUUCACGAAUUCACCUCUGAGGAGAAUGUUGAUGGAAAUACCAGGAAAGGCCAAUUCUUCUAUCAGAUACGAAACAACGUCGUCCGCGCUCUCGCCACCAACAACCGGCCCGCCUACACCAACAUAAUGGCCUAUCUAAGCACCAUGGCUCCAUCCACAACAAAUACGCGGUUCAUCUCCCUGGACCGUUUCGCCCGCCUGGACGAGCUCCGCGACGAAAACACGUCCAGCCUCUUCAGAAAGUUCCUCGACUUGGGUGCCAAUUUCACGGUCAAGUGA